UUGGAUUUUUCCCAGUCUUCAACCUUAAAACCUGAAGGACGGAAAUAUGGCUGACAAUAAUACCUCUGAUGAAAAUAAAACAGAAACUGAAGAAAAACCACCAGAAUCACCGCCAAAUACGAAUGCAAAUACUGCUCAGACACCUCUCAAUGAAAGCCCUACACAUUCGUCCAAAUCAAAAAUUGAUGUUCUCCUCAAGGCUGCAGGCGAUGCUCCAAUAAUGAAGAAAAAGAAAUGGUCUGUAGAUAGAAACAAGAGAGUGAGCUGGAUAUCAGAAUUUAUAAAGAAAUAUCUAAAAUUUGAACCAACAGAAUCUAUGUUUCUUUAUGUGAAUCAAUCAUUUGCUCCUGCACCAGACACAGAAGUAGGCAGUGUUUUUGAUUGUUUUGGAAGUGAUGGCAAGUUAGUACUUCACUAUUGUAAGACACAGGCCUGGGGAUGACAACUGGUU